AUGGUGAUGGCGGGUGGCUUUAUUCACCACCACCAGUACAAUCAUCUUCUCUCCAUCCAGUCUCCUAAUUAUAAUAUCUACUGCUAUAAUCAUAGUUAUUGUUUCCCUAAUUCCACUGUUCCACCUUUCAAAUCUUUUACUACUGCCAAAAUCAUCAAUAGUAAUUCAGCGAAAUUCCGAACAAUUCCCAAAUCUUCGUCCAAGAAAAACCCCAGUACUAUACCUCAUUCUCCUCCUGAAAAACCUAUAUCACUGGGUGCAGAUAAUGGGGUCAAAACUCGGGACCUGGAUAACGACUCGGGUACUACUGUAUUAUUGCAUCGUCUCAGGAAAGAAUUUAAAUUGGAUGGACUGGGAAUGGAGAUUCUGUCAAUUGCAUUACCGGCUGCAUUGGCUCUAGCAGCCGACCCCAUCACUUCACUUGUUUCUACAGGAUUUGUUGGCCAUUUGGGAUCUGCUGAACUGGCCGCAGUUGGUGUAUCAGCGUCAGUGUUCAACCUAGUGUCAAAAUUGUUCAAUGUACCUUUACUCAAUAUUACAACAUCCUUUGUUGCUGAAGAGCAAGCCUUGGUUACCAAGGAUGCUGAUGAAUGUGAUCAAACUGCUCAAGAUAACCAGGCAGGUCACCAAAGCAACAUACUUCUUCCUUCAGUAUCAACUUCUCUGGCACUUGCUGCUGGUCUUGGCAUCAUUGAAGCUGUCGCACUUUCCACCGGCUCCAGCUUUUUAAUGAAUAUGAUGGGUAUACACGUUGAUUCACCAAUGCACAUGCCAGCUGAGCAAUUUCUUAAACUAAGGGCAUUCGGUGCUCCACCAAUUGUGAUAGCACUUGCUGCUCAAGGAACUUUCCGCGGAUUCAAGGAUACAAAAACACCUUUAUUUGCGGUUGGAGCUGGCAACUUACUGAAUGCAAUACUGGAUCCAAUAUUAAUAUUUUUUUUGAAUCUCGGUGUUGGUGGUGCUGCAUUUUCUACAGUGAUUUCUGAAUAUUUGAUUGCCUUGAUUCUACUGUGGAAGUUAAGUGACAAAGUACUAUUUAUUUCUCCAAGUAUCAAUGGAGGAAGGAUUAUUCAGUAUCUACAAUCUGGUGCUCUUCUAACUGGGAGGACUUUGGCGGCCCUUGCAACCACAACACUAGCUACAUCUAUGGCAGCAAGAGAAGGCCCCGUACCUAUGGCUGGCCAUCAGAUUUGUUUUCAAGUUUGGUUGGCUUUAUCUUUGCUUAACGAUGCUUUAGCACUUGCCGGCCAGACUCUCCUUGCUAGUGAUUAUUCCCAAGGGAAUUAUGGUCAAGCAAGCAAAGUGGCUUACAAAGUUCUGCAGAUUGGUAUGGUAAUGGGAGUAGCAUUAGCAGUAAUUUUGUUCUCCAGCUUUGAUGCACUGUCCAGCUUAUUCAGCACAGACUCAGGAGUUCUGAAAAUUGCCAGAUCUGGAACCUGGUUUGUUGCUGGGUCUCAGCCUAUGAAUGCUAUUGCUUUUGUUCUUGACGGGCUCUAUUAUGGGGUUUCAGACUUUGGAUUUGCUGCAUACUCCAUGCUGCUUAUUGGACUGAUCUCUUCAGUUUUCUUGCUGGUAAUUUCUCCCUUAUUUGGACUUGCUGGAGUAUGGAGUGGGCUGUUUCUCUUUAUGACUCUGCGAGUAGUAGCUGGAGCUUUCUGGCUAAGCACAAGAAGUGGACCAUGGAACUUGCUUCAGUCUGAUGUUGAGAAGGACGACACCUGA